AUGUCACUACCUCAAGAGAAAGACGUGAAGAACGUUUCCGUCGUCCGGCAUAGCAAUGAAGAAUCGCCAGCUCGUUCCAAAGAGUCCGAUCAUGGAGCCACCAAUGGCGCAAACUACACGGAGUCCAAGAGGACGUGGAAGUCCUUCUUCUGGUCAACCCUGGAUGUUCCUAAGGAGGAGGCCAGAUUUCUCACCAAGCUCGAUUUGACUCUCAUCUCUUCCUCUGCUUUAGGAGUGAUGUGUCGCUACUUGGACCAAGUCAAUAUCACCAACGCAUUCAAUAGCGGCAUGAAGGAAGACCUCGCACUUUACGGAAAAGAGCUUAACUACGCCAAUGCUAUCUGGAGUGCAGCCUACGUGUUUGGGCAGAUCCCAUCCAACUUGCUUCUCACCCGUGUCAAUGCGCCUCUUUAUAUCGCUUUCCUCGAGUUAUCAUGGACCAUUUUCACUUUUGCUACUGCUGGUGUCAAAGAUGUCAACCAGCUCUACGUCUUCCGCUUCUUCGUUGGUCUGUUUGAAGCGGGCCAUUUUCCUGCGGUUAUGUAUGUCUGCUCAAGCUACUACAAACCUCAUGAGCUUGCUCGACGAAACACCUUGAUUCAAGUUUUCACGUCCGUGGGGCCCCUCUUCUCGGGAUUCCUCAUGGCGGCUGUCUAUGCGGGAUUGGAUGGAGUCAGCGGUCUGCCUGGUUGGAGAUGGAUGUACAUCGUAUGCGGUUGCAUUUCCUUUCCUUGUGCCGUCUGGACAGCCUUUGCGAUGCCUCAGCUACCAGCCCGUGCAAAGGCAAAUUGGAUCUUCACCGAGAAGGAGGUCGAGUUGGCUCGUGCCAGAAUGCCUAGCGAGGUUCGGCCGAUGACUGGACUUUUCAAAUGGACGGACGUCAAACGAUGGCACACCACCUGGCACGUUUAUCUAUUCCCCAUAUUCUUCGCGUUCCUCGCACAACUUGGUCAAUCCGGGGGAUCCAUGAUCUUUUGGGUGAAGAGCUACAACGUUAUCGGAAAACCUCCAGUCUUUUCAGUCGCUGAAAUCAACAUCAUCCCUCUCGGCAUAAACAUCAUCUCAAUCGUGUGCACACUCAUCAAUUCUUGGGUUUCCGACAGUCUUCCCGGAUCCGCGCGCUGGCCGGGCAUGGUGUUUGCCAGCGUCAUGGCCAUCAUCUUUCCCAUCGCCCUUGCCGCGACUCCCGUGCAUCCCUCGAAUAUUGGAAGUCGCUGGGCUCUUUACUAUUUGACCGCCCUCUCAGGCACCUGCGCCGGAAUCACCUGGACCUGGGUGAACGAGACCAGCAGGCAUGAUCCAGAAAAGCGAGCGUACACCUCUGCCUUGAUGAACGCUUUCGCCUAUAUCUUUACGGCAUGGGUCCCGAUCUUCACCUUCCCAGCAAACCUUCAGCCUUACAUCGUGACCGGAAACUACAUUACUGCUGGCUUCGGGGCCUGCGCGGCCCUGACGGCGCUCCUGAUUCGGCAUUUCUACAACCGCGAUCUCGCUAGGCAAAAGUCUGAUGGCGGAGUGUAG